CGAGGGUAUCGAGUUGCAUUACUCCUCCGUCCCCCCGGUCAUUCAGACCGAUCCAUUUUUUUGAACAAUCUUGCAAAAAGCUUGCGAAACAGAUUCCAGCAGCGGGACAUCAUGUCUGAUCUUGAUGAGGCCAUCAAGCGCCAUCGGACUGCAUUACUCCGCCGUCCCCCUGGUCAUUCAGAUCAAUCCUCAUCUCUGAACAAUCUUGCACUCAGUCUUCGAGACAGAUUCCUUCAGCGGGGAAUGAUGUCUGACCUUGAGAAGGCCAUCGAGCUCCAUCGCACUGCAUUACUCCUCCGUCCCCCCGGUCAUUCACGUCGAUCCUCGUCUCUGAACAAUCUUGCAGUCAGCCUUGGAGACAGAUUCCAGCAGCGGGGAAUGAUGUCUGACCUUGAGGAGGCCAUCGAGCUCAACCGGGCUGCAUUACUCCUCCGUCCCCCCGGUCAUUCAGAUCGAUCCUCGUCUCUGAACAAUCUUGCAGUCAGCCUUGGAAACAGAUUCCCGCAGCGGGGCAUGAUGUCUGACCUUGAUGAGGCCAUCGAGCUCAAUCGGGCUGCAUUACUCCUCCGUCCCCCCGGUCAUUCAGAUCGAUCCUCAUCUCUGAACAAUCUUGCCGUCAGCCUUCAAUACAGAUUCCUGCAGCAGGGAAUCAUGUCUGACCUUGAGGAGGCCGUCGAGCUCUAUCGGGCUGCAUUACUCCCCUGUCCCCCCGGUCAUUCAGAUCGAUCCUCGUCUCUGAACAAUCUUGCAAUCAGCCUUCGAGCCAGAUUCCAGCAGCGGGGAAUGAUGUCUGACCUUGAGGAGGCCAUAGAGCUCCAUCGCGCUGCAUUACUCCUCCGUCCCCCCGGUCAUUCAGAUCGAUCCUCGUCUCUGAACAAUCUUGCACUCAGCCUUGGAGACAGAUUCCAGCAGCGGGGAAUGAUGUCUGACCUUGAGGAGGCCAUCGAGCUCCAUCGAGCUGCAUUACUCCUCCGUCCCCCCGGUCAUUCACGUCGAACCUCGUCUCUGUACAAUCUUGCAGUCAGCCUUGGAGACAGAUUCCUGCAGCGGGGAAUGAUGUCCGACCUUGAGGAGGCCAUCGAGCUCCAUCGCGCUGCAUUACACCUCCGUCCCCCCGGUCAUUCACGUCGAUCCUCAUCUCUGAAUGAUCUUGCAGUCAGCCUUCGAUACAGAUUCCUGCAGCGGGGAAUUAUGUCUGACCUUGAUGAGGCCAUCGAGCUCUAUCGGGCUGCAUUACUCCUAUGUCCCCCCGGUCAUUCAGAUCGAUCCUCGUCUCUGAACAAUCUUGCAGUCAGCCUUGGAGACAGAUUCCUGCAGCGGGGAAUCAAGUCUGAUCUUGAGGAGGCCAUCGAGCUCCAUCGGGCUGCAUUACUCCUCCAUCCCCCCGGCUAUUCACAUCGAUCCUCGUCUCUGGACAAUCUUGCACUCAGCCUUCGAAACAGAUUCCAGCAGCGGGGCAUGAUGUCUGACCUUGAUGAGGCCAUCGAGCUCCAUCGGGCUGUAUUACUCCUCCGUCCCCCCGGUCAUUCAGAUCGAUCCUCGUCUCUGAAACAUCUUGCACUCAGCCUUCGAGCCAGAUUCCAGCAGCGGGGCAUGAUGUCUGACCUUGAGGAGGCCAUUGAGCUCGAUCGGGCUGCACUACUCCCCUGUCCCCCUGGUCAUUCAGGUCGAUCCUCGUCUCUGGACAAUCUUGCAAUCAGCCUUCAAGACAGAUUCCGGAAACGGGACUUCCAGUCUGACCUUCAAGAAGCAUUCAGCUUGUACUCUCAACUCUCCUACCUAUCACAUGCAGUAUCUCGCACACAUCUCAGUGCUGCCAAGUCAUGGGCGGCCUCUGCCGACAUCUUCAAUCACCCAUCUGCAUUGCUUGCUUAUAAUAUUGCACUGAAAUCCUUAGAUCAGCAAGUCGCUCUCCUGUCGUCUUCUUCGCAUCACUUCGACGUCAUCAGGGAGGCUGUUUCCUCUCUCGCCACGGAUGCGUUUUCAUGCAGUGUUCGUCGUGGUGCACUCACGACUGCGGUAGAGUUGGUAGAGCAAGGUCGUGCGGUGUUCUGGACCCAGUUGGCACGUUUCAGUACACCACUCGACGAACUUUCCAUUUCAGGUGACACCGGCACGGCCUGGGCAGCAGAGUUCAAACGGUUGAGUUUUUGUCUUCGUAACGCGUUCGAUCAGUCUACUGAAGACCAGUCAAUGCAAAUUCGACAACUUACCAUGCAGUGGGAUGAAGUUGUCUCGCGCAUUCGCAUGCUCCCCGACUUUUCACGUUUUCUCCUACCUCCACUAUUUCCCGACCUCCAGAGGGCAGCCGAAGAUGGCCCAGUGAUCAUCGUUAAUGCUAGUCAGCACAGCUGCGACGCCUUGAUCAUCCAUAGUGCGGGAGAUCCUGUCCAUGUUCCGCUUGACAUUGCACAAGCCGAAGUGUCCGAAUUCUCCUCAGAGUUCCAAUCACUCGCAGAGAAGUUUGGUUCUUCUGAUCAUCAACUCACGCUUGUUGGCAUCCUUCGCAAGCUUUGGAAUGAUGUCGUUGACCCCGUAGUCCGAGCUCUUAUAGAGUCUGAAGUUCGCCCUAAUUCGCGUAUCUGGUGGUGUCCCACUGCUGAGUUCACGCUGCUUCCCCUCCAUGCAGCAGGACCAUACGAGAAGGGGAGAGACAAUUUGUCCGACAUGUACAUCUCCUCUUACACCCCCACUUUGGCGACUCUCGUCCGUGCAAGACAGCAGGUUUCUCGAGAUACGUCCUCGCAACAUUUUGUUGCCAUCGGUCAAGGCAACCCGGUUGAAGGGAAGGAACUCAAAUGUGUCGCUCCUGAGCUAGCCGUCGUCGCUCAGCACGUUACUCCCGUCAUAUCCUUCACAUCCCUCGAGGAUGGCAACGCAACAGUCGAGGGUGCACUCGAGGCACUCAACCGUAAUCAAUGGCUCCAUCUUGCCUGCCAUGGAAUGCCGAAUCGGACACAGCCGUUCGAGUCUUCCUUCGCCAUGCGCGACGGGCCCUUAAUGAUCAAAGAUAUUGUCCGAUCCAACUGGCAGAACCCGCAGUUUGCAUUCUUAUCGGCCUGCCACACUACCGUUGGCGACGAAAAGAGCCCAGAUGAGUCGAUCCAUCUUGCUGCGGCUAUGCAAUUCUGCGGAUUUCGCAGUGUGAUCGGAUCCAUGUGGUCUGUUGACGACGAGGUUGCACGCCAGGUCGUGUCUGCUUUCUACCGCAAGUUAAUUGGUGAUUCAAAAAGAUUGGACUGCACAGGCGCUGCAGUAGCGCUGCACAAGGCUGUGAGAUCGUUGCGCAAGAAGAUUCCGUUAGAACAGCAGAUUGUAUUUGUCCACAUAGGUGUAUAG